UUUGUACAAAAUUUUCAAAAAUGUUUGAAAGUUGUAGUAAAUUUUGGAGUGAUUGUUGUUGAUCUUCUUUGCAAAUUCGGUUAGUAAACUGCUCUUCAAAUGGGAAAGAAACACAAGAAGCAUCACAAAAAGCCUGCUGAGCCGAAGGUUAAAGCUGAAGAACCUCCAAUCAAAUUGGUGUUAAAAGUUGGAUGCUCUGAGAAGGCUCAGCCAGAGCCAAAGGCAAAGGAGCGAGAUUUACCAGCUGGUGUACCAAAAACAAGAGAACAUUCCAGUAAAAAGAAAAAGAAAAAGAGAUCAUCUUCAAAAGACCGCAAGAAAAGGAAACAUACUGAUGGCGUUGAAGAUCAGGGGUUUGAUUCAUCUUCAACUGUUGAAAGCAUCCAGGAAAAGCCAAAGAAGAAAGCAAGAAUUGAAGAAAGAAAAGGCAAUGAUGGAAAGCACAUUGUCACAAAAAUUCACAUCAAACCUAUUGAACCUCCCAAGAUUAAAGAGAUUAAAAGACCUAAACCUCAAGAUUUUCAUGAUAAAGAACCAUCACCUGUUUUAUUAUGCCUGACAAACCUUCAUCUUACAUUACAAAGAAAAGAUAUCAAUGGAUUCUUUGCUUUCCCUGUGAACGAUGUGAUAGCGCCAGGUUACUCAAGCAUCAUAACGAACCCGAUGGAUUUCAGCACGAUGAAAUACAAGAUCGAUACGCACGCAUAUACAUCUCUUGAAGAAUUUAGGGAUGAUUUUAACUUGAUGUGCACCAAUGCAAUGAUUUACAACACGGCAGAAACUAUUUACUUCAAGGCUGCAAAAAAACUUCAGCAGAUAGGGGCAAAACUAAUGAGUACGGAGAAAUUCCGCAAUUUAUAUCGCGCCAUGGGUCUGGCCCCCCCGGAAGAUACGGGGGGUAAGAGAUAUGAAGAUGAGUUGAUUGACGUGGAUACAGUCGAUAAUUCGUCGACGCCAUUACUUCCCGCGCCAAGAAAGAAAGAUAGCAAGGCAAAGAAACGCAGCACAGUUGGCCAAAGAAUCCAGGCGAAAGCUGAAGAAGCUGCGAGAAAGGCGGCGAUGAAACUGAUUAAGAAAUAUCCAAACAGCGAUAUUGGAUUCCUUCGUAAAGAUUCAGAAGGAAACACAACCCUGGCCAUACUAAACCCUUGCUCAGACGAUAGACCUCAGUCGAUUCCAGUUAAUCUUGGAGCGGUUACAGGAAAACUGACGACUGGAGGGCUUUCAACGACUUUGUUUCAAGAAGACAAGAAAAAUAAAGCCUCACCAGUGAAUUACUUAAAGUAUGGGCCGUUCAGCUCGUUUUCGCCGUCGUUCGAUUCAUCCAUGGCAACCAUCACGAAGGAGGAUUCAGACCUACUUUACCGUACAUAUGGGGAUAGUACAGGUGCUUAUUAUGCACAGAGUCUUCAAGCUUUCGUAAAGGAUAAUCUCUUCGCCAAAGAUUACGCUGAUCAUUUAUUAGAUGCUCUUACUGAUGGCGCCCACUCCAAGCUCAUGAACACACUUCAAAAGCGACUGGAGAAAGAAGAGGAAUUGAGACAGGAAGAGGAACGGAAAAAAAUCAAGAAAGAAAAGGAGGCCGCAGAUGAAAAGAAAACUUCCACAGAGUUAUCAGCUUCCGAAUUAGAUGCACUCUUGUCGUUGGAGAAAGAAGGCAUUGAUGUGUCGUUUUUGAAAACGAAAGAAACAGCCAAAUUUGAUGAAACGCAGCUAGUUCAAACCGAUCUAGACAAGACAGCUGACCUCCUAAACGAGCUGGAUGCAGUGCAAUCUGAGAGGCUGAGUCAAGCUAGCAAAGACUCGAAUGGAGCCACUCCAAAGUCAGCUUUGACGCCGUCCGAAAAAGAGCAACAGAUAGCUGAAAAAGUUACUCAAGAACUAACAAAUCUAACAUCGAAGGUAAAUCCAAAAGACGUGGUGGAUGGCGAAAGCGUUCGAAAGGCGACUGGGGUGGGUGAUAUGUCGGAAAUUUUGCGUAAAGGAAAAGAGAACGACGAAAUGGAAGUACAGCUGGCCGCCGAAGCAAUCGAGACUGUAUUCAAUGACGCCACGACGAUGGAAGAUCUUGACAAAGUGAUUUGUGAAGCUGCUAGGGAGGUCGAAGAUGCGAUGGGCUUGGACGUUCUUGAUGAACUCACAGCCUCGUUGGAUGACGUGAAGCAGAUGGAAGAUAUGUAAAUCUCUUCCAUUUUUUAUUAUAUUUAUAAAUGAUUCGCCUCGACCUGCUCCAAUCACUGACCUGGGCCGGGGGUAAUGUUUCCUUCCCAAAGUUCGUGGGAUCAAAUAGUGGAACGUUUUUCGACCGUAUCAACGUUCCAGUUAUCGUGCUGGUAUGUGCUGAUGCCAGCUUAUCUACAUCGCAAUGGGUGUGUUAAAUGCAAUUGAAAUACUUUCAUCAAACAUGGAAACUUCCCUCAAACUUUCAUCAAACAUGGAUGAACAUGAAUUUCUCCACAAUGUCAAACAGUCUUUUCCAACCCCAAAUAAUCAUGAAACAGCAUCGCAGCUUCCGUUUGAAGGCGAUGUCGUACUAUAGAAAAGCAAAUUAAGCAACCAAAUUCCCCACUCUUAACCGAUUAUCCAUUGUUUCCAAUAAUCCAGGUGAUCUCGCGCUCAUAUUUCAGCCAAUCAGCGCUCAGAACGUUUGUAAAAAUAGAAAUCUAUUCUGCAGUGUUUAAUCGAUUAUAUCUUUUGUUAUUCUUGAUGGAACCAUUCGAAAUUUUGUGUUCAUGUUUAGUUAUAAGAGCUAUAGCUCUGAUAUAAAUUUGAAACCGAAAUAAAGUAUAUUCCAUGAGAUAUUAAGUUGUUUUAACGAAGAAAUGGAUUUCUAUAUGACAACUAGUCCUAGUCCUUUCCCGCCAUAUCAGAUCACCUGGAUGCAUAACACAAAAAAUCUCUCGGUUUGAAGCCUAUAAUUAUAUACGUGCAUCGCUCAACUUUUAUUUGUACAAAACUAAAAAGUAAGUAGCUAUACAUAUAUA